CCAAAAUCCGUUAAAAGGUUCUCAUGGUCUCGUCUCAUGAGUCAUGAUCCCGUCUCAUGAGUCAUGAUCCUGUCUUCAAAAUUCGAAACUCUUCUCCGUUUUUUCAUCUCUUCUCCUUUUGUCUCACCGGCGUCCACUCUCAAACGGUUAUCUACCAAAACUUUCCAAACCCCGCCGUUGUCCCAGCAACGAGAAAACCCACUACUUCAUCUCCAUGCUCUCGUCAAUCUCACAACAUACCAAAAGGAUUCCAAUUACGAGCUGGCUUUGGUUUCGGCUCUAAAAUUUUGUUCAACACAUUUGGCUAUCUAUCAAGGCCAACAAAUCCAUUGCCUUGUUCUGAAAUCCGGCCUGGAUUCAAACACGUUCAUACACAACAGUUUGAUUAGCUUGUAUGCCAAAUGUGGGAUUUUAGCUGAUGCUAAUUCCUUGUUUGAAUCAUGUGCCAGUUCGGAUCCUGUGCCCUAUAAUAUAAUGAUUGCUGGUUAUGUGAAAUCUGGAAAAUUAGAUGAUGCCCGCAAGUUAUUUGAGGUAAUGCCUACAAAAGGUUGUGUUUCGUACACUACUAUGAUGAUGGGUUUUGUCCAAAAUGAUUGUUGGAUUGACGCAAUUGGCCUGUAUAAGCAGAUGAGAAAUGUGGGUGUGGUUCCUAAUGAAGUGACUUUGGCAACUUUGAUCUCCGCUUCUUCUCAUCUAGGUGAGAUUUGGGGCUGUAGAAUGCUUCAUGGAUUGGUGAUCAAGAUGAUGUUUAGUGGGUUUGUUCUGAUUUCAACUAAUUUGUUGCAUAUGUAUUGUGUUUGUUCAAGUAUAGUUGAAGCGAGAGCUUUGUUUGAUGAGAUGCCUGAAAGAAAUAUGGUUUCAUGGAAUGUAAUGUUAAAUGGCUAUUCAAAAGCAGGGUUUAUUGAUUUGGCUAAAGAAGUUUUUGAGAGGAUCCCGUGUAAAGAUGUAGUUUCAUGGUGUACUAUAAUUGAUGGUUAUGUUCGAGUAGGAAAGUUAAGUGAAGCUUUCAUAACCUAUCGAUCGAUGGUAUCUACAGGGUUGGGACCUAAUGAUAUUAUGAUGGUUGAUUUGAUUUCUGCAUGUGGGAGAACAAUGGCGAUUGGCAUGGGUCAGCAAUUACACAGUACCAUUGUAAAAGUGGGUUUGGACUGUUAUGAUUUUGUACAGGCAACUGUUAUCCAUUUUUACGCAGCUUGUGGCAUGAUUAAUGAGGCUUGUUUGCAAUUUGGAAUGGGUAGCAAGGACAAUGUAGCUUCUUGGAAUGCUCUCAUUGCAGGAUUUAUACGGAAUAGAAUGAUUGAUCAGGCAAGGCAAUUGUUCAAUGAGAUGCCUGAGAGAGAUGUUUUUUCAUGGAGCACAAUGAUUUCUGGUUACACGCAGAAUGAGCAGCCUAACUUGGCAUUAGAAUUAUUCCAUGGGAUGGUAGCUAGUGGGAUCCAACCCAAUGAAGUAACAAUGGUGAGUGUUCUUUCGGCUAUUGCUGCUUUAGGCACGUUAAAAGAAGGAAGAUGGGCCCAUGAAUAUUUGCGUGAUAACUCCAUCCCUAUUAGUGACAAUUUAAGUGCUGCAAUAAUUGACAUGUAUGCAAAAUGCGGGAGCAUCAAUACUGCCUUAGAGGUGUUCUAUGGAGUCAGGGAUAAGGCAUCUACUGUCUCGCCAUGGAAUGCUAUUAUAUGCGGGUUGGCCAUGCAUGGACAUGCAAAGUUGUCUCUUAAAAUAUUUUCAGACUUGGAAAGGCGCCAUAUCAAGCUCAAUGCAAUCACAUUCAUUGGAGUCCUCAGUGCAUGUUGCCAUGCCGGGUUGGUGGAACUAGGGGAGAGAUAUUUUAUGAGCAUGAAGAGCGUACAUAAUAUAAAUCCGGAUAUCAAGCAUUAUGGCUGUAUGGUGGAUCUCUUGGGUAGAGUAGGGCGUCUUGAAGAAGCUGAGGAAAUGAUAAAGAGCAUGCCCAUGAAGGCAGAUGUUGUGAUAUGGGGCACAUUGUUAUCAGCAUGCAGAACUCAUGGGAAUGUGGAUGUAGGAGAAAGGGCUGCAGAAAAUUUGGCAAGAUUGGAACCAUCUCAUGGGGCAAGCAGAGUUCUUUUAUCCAACAUAUAUGCAGGUGCAGGGAAGUGGGAGGAUGCAUUUUUAGUGAGGAGAGCAAUGCGAAGUCAUAGAAUGCAGAGAUUGCCAGGUUACAGUGGUGUUACAUGAUAAGCCUUUGACUGAAACAACUUCCAGAUUACAGCUUCUAACCUGGAAUGACACCACAUUUUUCCUCUUAAAGUUGAUAGUUUUUUACUUCUCUUUCUUAAUUUAUGUGGUGUGACGUUUGCACAAAACUGUAAUUGAAUUAUUUCCAUGAGAGGUUAGUAAAGGGAAUCCGAUGUUAAUCUGAAGGUUAACAAAGUUACUAUCUUGAUGAUAUUAGUACUUUUUUUCCUAUAUAAAUCUACAAAACAGGCAUUUUUAUUGCCCCCCUUCC